CAGAACUUGUCUCGUUCCAUCAGGUGUGAAACUAACGCAGCAGUUCAGAAAAACAUCAAACACGGUGUUGGUGGUGUGGUGGUCUGGGGCAGAUUUUCUGCUUCAGGGCACAAACGGCUUAUUUCCGAUGUUCACUCUGGGUUUAGCUCGUUGUUUUGCCUCCAAAGACGUCUCUCUCUUACUCCCAGGCUCCGCCAUGACGCCAUCAGAACAAGCAAACUUCGUUUUCUUCUGCUUUUUAUUUACGAUCAGCGAACUGAAAUGCUAACUGCUAGCUUUGCAGCUAACAGCCAUCAGGGGCGUGUCCAGGGAGUGGCCUGGGGUAGCAUAUGCCACCCUUGGAAUCUGAUUGGCCACCCCAGGUGCCACCACACUAAUUUACCUUUAAAUAGGCUUUUCAUUGUCCACAAAAGGCUUGGGGGUAAAACAAGAAAAGCAUAACCAUUGGUGCCACCCAUGCACAAAGUUGUGCCUCACCUGGGCCACCCCAUUUUAAAAGAUCUGGACACGCCACUGACAGCCAUAAAGCAGGUAAAGGGCACCCCCGGGACACCUACCCGUGUGGUUUCUGGCCAGCAGAGGGCUGCCGAGUGGCGUCAGAUAAGAAAAUGGUCAUGUUUCUAACCCAACAAUCACUAAGAUCGGUGUUAAAGCUCUAGCUUAAGGUAUAAUAAACUUUCGGUUGUUACUGUCAUGAUGAAAAUGCUGACGUGAUUACCUGAAACAGUUGAGAUGAGGUGAUUAUUUGUUAAUCUCUGCAGCUCUCUGUGGUUUGCCUUUGUCUUCGGACGGAGACGAGAGCCUUCCUGGUUGUCCUUACGUCAGAGGUAAUUAGGAUUAGCUUCCAUCACAGAUCAUCUACAGCAGCUUUACACCUGUGCCAACCUUCUCUUUCAGCUUCACCUUUUAUUUUCUUUGAAUGUUCCCCUGUUGCUUUGCUGAAGUCUGUAAGUGAAGUGAAGGUUAGUUUGAGGUUCAGUGAAACAACGCGCAGCCUCCUGCGUUUGUCCACACCGCUCCGUCACCUGGUCUUAUCCAGAUGUUCGUGAGGAUUGAGGCCAGCGUGUUGCUGCCACCGUCCAGCCAACGACCAAGGGUCUGUGUCAUGGAGCUGUUCCUCCAGAUUAUCCCGUGCUGAGCUGAUAAUGGGAUCUGCCCGUGCCUCCUGGCUCACCGGCACCACAAAUGGUUCUCAAUUCUCAAAUAACAAAAAGCACACCUGAUGAGAAAGUGGAGUGGUCUGUCUGACCACACCCACUCAGGUGAACACUUCUCGCCCUCCCUGUGGAUUUUCUUUCUGUUUACCUAAAUGUGUUGGAAAUUAACAGCCUUUUUUGCAACAUGAAAAUAUUAUUUUACACAAUUUCUUAAUUCAAUUCGGUUAGCACCUGUAAAAUAAUCAUAUAGCGCCUAUAGCCUUUUAGAUGGAGGCAUGUUGGAGGCAGGGCAAGGGAGAGCCGUCUUUACCGACUGUACACUCCACCUCCCUCUACUCCCCCACUUGUCCAGAUCUAGGCUAACAUCAGAUUUUAACCAUAGGCCCUAUCAAAUAAAAAUGUUUUAAGCCUAUUCUUAAAAGUAGACAAGGUGUCUGCCUCACGGACUAAAGCUGGGAGCUGGUUCCACAGGAGAGGAGCCUGAUAACUAAAAGAUCUGCCUCCCAUCCUAAGUUUAGAUAUUCUUGGAACCACCAGUAGACCUGCAGUCUGAGAGCGAAGUGCUCGGUUAGGAACGUAUGGAACAAUCAGAUCACUGAUGUAUGAUGGAGCUUGAUUAUUAAGAGCUUUAUAUGUGAGAAGAAGGAUCUUAAAAUCGAUUCUGAAUUUAACAGGUAGCCAAUGUAGGGAAGCUAAGACAGGAGAGAUAUGAUCUCUCUUUUUAAUUCUCAUCAGAACUCUAGCUGCAGCAUUUUGGACAAGCUGAAGACUUUUAACUACAUUCUGUGGACUUCCUGAGAGUAAUGGAUUACAGUAAUCCAGUCUUGAUGUAAUAAAUGCAUGAACUAGUUUUUCAGCAUCACUCCUGGAAAGGAUGCUUCUAAUCUUAGCAAUAUUCCGAAGGUGGAAAAAGGAAAUCCUACAAACCUGUUUAACCUGGGAUUUGAAUGACAUGUCCUGGUCAAAGAUAACACCAAGGUCCUUAAUUUUUUUUAAAUCAUGCUUUUUUUUAUUAGAAAAGUUUACUCUAUAUUCCAAGUCUUAUUUACCAGUCAUUAAAAAAAGGUCUUAAAUCCUCUUUAAUCACUAUUAACACAAAUAUUAAAACUCAGUUUUACUUUUGAAACGGUAGCUUCUGUGGAAGAUGACGAAACAAGGUUUAGUGAGGAAUAAAAAGGUAUAAAUAAGUAAUGUGUUUUCAAGACAUCAUCAUUGAUAAACGUCAGUUAUUUUAAGUAGGUGUAUGUUUGAAACUUUUAUUGUGAAGGAUAAAAUAUCUGAGAUUUAAAAUUUCUUUUUAUUUUGUUAUUUUUUCUGGGACCAGUAUGUCGACUCAACGUUGUCUCUGUCUCAACAUUUCCACUUUAUUCUGGGAAAAAUACUUCAACUUACAACAGUUUCAUUUUCUAUGCAAUCCCGUUUUCACCACUUUAAGGUGAACAUGAAAAUAGUCUCCUACACCUACCUCCUGCAUUCGUUUCUGACAGAAAACAGACGGUUCAACACCUCUACGGUCAUAUUUAUGAGAUACUUAAUUAUGAUUCCUAUAAUUAUAACUUUGCAUCUCAUAAAUAUGACUUGGUAUCUAAUAAUCAUGAUGUAAUACCACAACUAGGAGAAAGUACGUGAUUAUUAGGAAGUGUCUCGUUUUUCUGAUUCACUGCUCCAUAGUUAGUAGCUUACAAUUAAGGGAACAUUUCUAAUAAUUCUGAUUUUACAUCCCAUAGCUAUUAAAAAGUCACAUAAUCAUAAAUGAGCAAGUUUGAUAAACUUUAGUCAAAGCAGAACUUUCCCUCUCUUGUUUCAUCCUAACUUGUGAAAAAUGCGCGGUUCCACUUUUCCCGAUGCGUUUCCUGGAUGUUAAUCUGCGAUUGCUCACAGCCCAGGACUGUGCCCUGACCUUCAGGAGCUGCAGUUUAAUCCUGUUAGCUCACGUCAGCCAUCGUGGAAGUCUCAUCAGACCUGUGCCACACUCUGGGUCUCCAUACCACCGGCAUGCAGAGUCACCUGUAGGCUCGCAGGUAAGGAAAGCUACACUUAUGGAAGAAGGGAGUGAGAACAGAUUCCUGUCAGUGGUGUGAAUGUUUGAUUUGGAGUUUUUGGGAAACUUUCUGUAAAAUAAGAAUUAAUUUAGGAAAAAAAAACCCGGAUUUGGGUUCAUUCUGGCAAGCACGAACAGGCACCGCUCCACUGAAGUUGACCAAAUUAUUUCACAGGUAAUUCAAACAAGAUAACAGAAUAAAAAGUGGAAAUUGUUUGUAAAACUGAAUACAGAAAAAAAGAAGAACAAAAUAGGGUGAAAAAAUUAUGAAAUGCAUGAAAUCUGUGUCUCAAGUUUGCAAGGAGGUCAUUUGUCCCAUAAUCACGUCCGCUUCAGCCCCUCCGGGUUAGCUGGAGCUGCAGGGCUUCUUGCAUGGUCUCUGUACCUUUGCUGAAGGAGGUUGUCUUGGUGAGAUGGGAAGACUUUUCAGGUAAAGCCAGAUGAGUUGUCUUAAAUCAGCUCAGUUCUGCUCACAAUUUGCUCUUAUUGAUUUCUGUCCCUCUUGAUCAUUUGAAAUGACCGAGUCGUCGACCGCCUGUGGAGCCGCGUAAGCAGCUUAAGGGGCUCUGCAGCCUGAACAAGGUUAAAUCUCUGCUGUCUAAAGUUUGCCAUCUGUGUGGGCUUUUGCAUCCCCAUCACAAGUCACAAGGCCCUUUUCAUUUAUCUAAUUAACUCGAGACGAUUCUAAAUGUUAGAGGGAAAAAUUACAGAGUGUGGAUAAAAACCCUGAAAAGGUCCUUCAUCAGGCCUCGUUUCCUCCACAUGCAGCUGGUGAGCAGUAAAAGGUUAAUUCCAUGGAGCAACGUGCUUUUUAAGAAGCUGAUUAUGUUCCAAACAGGAUGUUCAGUUGGGUGGUGAAAGUAGUUCCUCAGCCUGCAGAAACUCUGGGAGGACGUGAAGGGGUUAAGACCAACGCCGCUGCACAGGAGGCCACAAAGAACAGAGAGGUGAAAGGGGCUCCAGUCAGAAAUGGAGAGGAAGCCUCUGUGGACAGUCAGAACAGCACCGGAGUGAUGGGAUGGCUCUCUAACGGCUUCGUCAGCGCUCUGCCGCAGCCUCCAGGCUCCCCUCUGGUCAACAGGGCCGGCUCAGAGGUCAAGUCAGGAGAGAAUGGAGAAAGGUCUGGCGUAAUGGGCUGGGUCGCUCAGGGCCUGACUAAAGUGCUGCCUCAGCCUGACGACAAAUACAAACAAGUGGUCGACUCCACCGAGGAGCACACGGAGGUGUACGAGGUCGCCACGAUGCCAGAUUUUGAUCCUCUCCCGCACAUCCCCGUGGUGGAGGUCGUGUCCGAGGAUGAGGCGCCAGAAGUGGAGAGUUUGACUCCUCAGUUUCCUCCCAAGGUGGUGAAAUGGAUGAAGCAGAUAAUCCCUCAGCCAGCCACUCUGCCCCCUGGCGCCAUUCCUGCAGAACCUGCACCCAAAGCAUCCCGCUCCUCCCUUGACAAAAUUCUGUCUCCACCACCUGAAUCCAUCAGUGGAAUCUCACUGGACACAGACAGCAAGUCCUCCAGCGUGGUGGACUGGUUUGUGUCAGGACUGGGUCUGAAGAUGCCUCAGCUUGUUGUUCCUCCCAAACACGAUGCUGAGGGUCCGGCUGAAGUGCUGCAGAAAGCCUCAUCCAAACUCAAACCCGAUUUGGUUCUGGAAGACGUCGAGUCGGACAACGAGGGCCACGAGAAAUGUGAAAAUCACACCAAAGUGUCAGCAUCCUCCAAAUCUUUGAGUCCACAUCCGGUCACGGCUCCGCACCAGCAGGAAAACGAACCGCAGCCUAGCUCAGCGCAGAGUCACAAUCAGGAACAAACGUCAGAGAAUGGGACAAAAAUCUCUCAGGAGGAUGCUGAGACCCAGACGGGCCGCUGGACCCCUUUUAUUGAAAGCAUCAAGAAGGAGGCUGAAGAUGUAGCUCUGGCAACUAUGGAGGAACGUCUGCUUCAGGAGAGGAUGGAAAUGACCCGUCUGGCUGAGGAAGUGGCCAGACAGACAGCAGAGAUGGCAGUGAGACAGAUGGCCACCGAGGGAACGUCCAUCAAGCUCUCACUGGAGAGUCAGGAACUCCUGGAUGAUCCUGAAGAAGAGUUACCAGAGAACCCAGAGGAGGAGAUGGAGGAGAAGGAAGCCACAGAAGAGGACGACACUGUUCUUCAGGACGAGCAGAAAGAGGAGUCUGGAGAACCAGAGUCAAAGCAGGAAGAAGCGCCGAAGGAGAACUCUUCCUCUCCUCCUCCGAGGCUUGAAGAGGCCCCCGAGCCAGAAUCAGAACCUGCACCAGAAACAAACCCAGAAGUUCAACCUGUGACCCAGCAGCCCCAGAAAGCAGCGGACGCUCAAGCCUCAGACACUGACAAGGCGGCUGAAAAAGAAGAAGAGGCUAAUGAUGACGGCUGUGGUGCUCCAGUCAGCUGCGAUUCCUUUAAGAACUGCCUGAUGCGCUUCCCUCCUACCUCUGAGUGCUUUGGCAACAUCAACGCCUUCUUCAAAGAAAAUGGCAUCUCCACCCCCAAAAUACCCUCCAUGCCCAAGCUACCCAGCCAGCUCUCAGACAUAACCAAACACCUGCCUUCCUUUCCCCCGGAGUUACGCCAGGAGUUCUCCCAGAUCAGACUCACCCGAGUCCCGAGGAACGUCGCCCAAACUCUGACUGAGCUGUUGCCUAAAGGUUCAGAGGGCUCAGGGGGCCCCAGUCUGUCCAGUCUGUCUCAGAGCUUUUCCAGUAUUCCACAGAAGCUUUCCCAGUUCCCAAGCAGAACUCAGCAGUACUUCUUGAAUGUCCUGACCGCCUCAACAGCCUCAUGCCCCAAGAUGCCUAAGAAACAACAACAUCAAAAGCAGAAGCAAGACCAGCAGGAUGUAGAACUCAGUCAACUUGUGCAACACUCGCCCCUCCCUCCCCCUCACUAUGCUCACCUGCGGUCCCGCUCCCCUUCUCCCACCUCACCCACUGGUAGUCUCCUAGAUUUACCCAACGUCCCAUCCUAUUCACGCCUGCCGCCCAUCGUCAGCCCCCCCUUGAAGCAUCUGAGCCCCCUUCCCCGGCAGCUGUCAAGCCCCUCUUCUUACCCAGCGUUCUUCAUCGAGGACAACUCCAAGCCUGCAGAGAGCCGUCGCCCAGCUGUAAACGUUGAGGAUUUUGAUGAUGAGAAAGCGGGAGGAAGCGAGCAAAAGAGGGACACUUCCCACGUUCUCAUCCCUCAGGACCCCAAACUCACAACCCUCACGGUCCCUGUGACCCCAUCGGGAGGUCGCCAGAGUAAAGGAGAUAAAGACAGUCUCGGGAGGAACCGUAGGACCGUCUGGGCAAAGAUUAAGCAGCUUCAGUCUCAGAGUGAAGAUGAUGAUGAUGAAGAUGUGAGCAUCCCCGCCACAGCCUGGCCCAGUCAGUCCAGCCUGCACAGCUCAGAUGAAGCUUCCAGAGAGCGUCCACCCUCCUCGGCCAGUCAGACCAGUGCAGUGGUCAACGAGCGGCUUCAGGAGCUGGUCCGGAUGUUCAAAGAGAGGACGGAGAAGGCCAAGGAGAAGCUGAUCGACCCGGACAGCUCGGAUGAAGAGAGCAUCGCUCCCUCUCCUCCUGAAUCUGCGCAGCUGGCUGGAGAAGAGAAGGGCCUGAAAACAGGAGGUGAAGGAGCAGGAGCAGGGAGCGGUGCAGAGGAGGACAUGUCAGGAUGCUGCUGUAAGGUGAAAACUCCAGGAUGGGUACGAGCCUGUAUGCACCUCCGCAUCCCUGCCAGCAUCGACCCGUUCACCAACCUGAUGUACGUGCUGUGGAUGUUCCUGGUGUCUCUGGCCUGGAACUGGAACGUCUGGUUCAUCCCAGUUCGCUGGGCCUUCCCCUACCAAACCCCAGAUAAUCUUUACUACUGGCUUCUGAUCGACUACCUGUGUGACCUCAUUUACAUCCUGGACAUCUCCGUCUUCCAGCCACGCCUGCAGUUUGUCCAAGGGGGAGACAUAGUGUGUGACAAAAAACUAAUGAGAAAUAAUUACAUGAAAACCAACCGCUUCAAGUUUGAUGUAGCCAGCCUUGUUCCUUUGGAGCUGUUUUACUUCAAAACUGGGAUCAACCCUCUGCUUCGUUUACCGAGACUGUUAAAGAUUAACUCCUUCUUUGAGUUCAAUGAGCGUCUGGAAGCCAUCUUGACCAAAGCCUACAUUUACAGGGUGAUCCGUACCACCUCUUAUCUUCUCUACUGUCUUCACUGCAACGCCUGCCUCUACCACUGGACCUCUGCCUACAUCGGACUGGGAUCUACCCAGUGGGUCUACAACGGUGAAGGGAACAGUUACAUUCGAUGUUACUACUUUGCGGUGAAAACGCUGAUCACCAUCGGAGGCCUGCCUCACCCCACCACCCUGUCUGAGAUCAUCUUCCAGCUCAUCAACUACUUUGUUGGAGUUUUUGCCUUCUCUAUCAUGAUUGGACAGAUGCGUGACGUUGUUGGUGCCGCCACGGCGGGCCAGACCUACUACCGCACCUGUAUGGACAACACCAUCAGAUACAUGACGUCCUACCGCAUCCCAAGGGACGUCCAGUACAGAGUCAAAACCUGGUACAACUACACCUGGCAGUCUCAAGGCAUGCUGGAUGAGCAGGAACUUCUGACCCAGCUGCCUGAUAAAAUGCGUCUGGACAUCGCUGUAGAUGUCAACUACUCCAUCGUGAGCAAAGUCCCCCUGUUUCAGGGUUGUGACCGACAGAUGAUUUUCGACAUGCUGAAAAGUCUGCAUUCUGUCGUCUACCUGCCUGGUGAUUAUGUCUGCAAAAAGGAUGAGGUCGGUCGGGAGAUGUACAUCAUAAAAGCAGGAGAGGUGCAGGUGGUUGGAGGACCUGAUGAUAGGACAGUGUUCGCCACUCUCAGAGCAGGAUCCGUCUUUGGGGAGAUAAGUUUGCUCGCGGUGGGCGGGGUAAACCGACGCACGGCCAAUGUGAUCGCUCAUGGAUUUGCAAAUCUGUUCAUCCUGGACAAAAAAGACCUGAAUGAGAUCUUGGUCCACUACCCCGAGUCUAUGAAAGUCCUCCGCAAGAAGGCCAGGAAAAUGUUAAACAAGGGAAAGAAGGCCGAACCCAAAGAAGAGGCCAAAGAGGCUCCUCGGGCUCCAGCAGCACCUCUCAAGCCAGAGACUCCCAAACUGCUCAGAGCGGCUCUCGAAAUGACCGAGAGAUCAACCGGACUCAGAGGAGUUCUGGCCAAAGUCAAGGAGAGAACCAACAAGUCGAGCAUCUCACUGCAGACAUCUGUGUCCUUGUCGGGUCGCCCCUCAUCUCCAGGAGCCAGCUCCAACCCUGACAAAGAAAUGGACACAUUGUCAUCAGCCAGCUCCACAUCUCACCGCAACUCCGAAAGACCUCCGCCUGCACGCUUUCACCGUGUCACAAUCGAGAAGGAGGACGUCAGUGAAAGCGAGUGGGAUGAAGGUGAAACGAGAAGGUGAAGGUUUGAGAAAAGAAGCGGGUCUGGCUGUUGAUCCUGGGACAGUGGACCUAAGAGAUGGAAAUGAUCAACUAAUCAGAGGAGGCGUUGUAAGAAAGCGGGAGGUGUAAAGUACUGCCCAUCAGCCAUUCUUUAAAGGUCUUGUCUUCCUGCAUCAUUCAAAAUGAUUUUGUUGUUGUUGUUUACAUGUUUACAGAUGAUUUUGUUAUUCUAAAACAAUAUUUUGCCUUAAAGAUUGUUGAUUUUAAAAAUGGAGUUUAACAAUAAUCUUGUACGUUCUGUUAUAUCUUAGUCUGUAGCUAAAGAGCAAGUCACCCCCUACCAGAGUCUUACUCCACUCCCACUUCCUGUUUGAAAAAUGCAACAAAUGCUGUUGCCUAGCAGACCGAGAGGGCGGAGCCACUAACAAAUACACACACACAGGCUCACAACGACAUUGUGACAUCAUAUGGUACCAGCUAACGUCCUAGGGUACCUCUUAGCCAAUAGCGAUGGCAGAUUUAAAGAGCAAGUCACCCCCUACCAGAGUCUAACUCCGCUCCCACUUCCUGUUUGAAAAAUGCAACAAAUACUGUUGCCUAGCAGACCGAGAGGGCGGAGCCACUAACAAAUACACACACACUCAGGCUCACAACAGCAUUGUGACAUCAUAAUGUACCAGUUUACAUCAUAGCAUACUUCUUAGCCAAUAGCGAUGGCAGAUUUAAAUUCAAAUGCAGUGCAGAGUUUUUACCUGACAACGGCACAACACUGACAGUUUUAGGCAGAACAUUAAAAGUUUAACUAAAAUUCACUAAAGUGCAAAACUAUUGACGACACGUGUCUGCAGCACGAUUAGACACACGUUUAUAUUGUUUAUCAGAAAAAAAGUAGAUUUGGGGGGGACUUGCUCUUUAAUGAAUGUUGGCAGGUGAGUUUAAGACAAUUUUUUACUUUCAUUUCCACUGUUUUGCUUUGAUCUUUGUAAGUCCACAAAUGGCGACCACCACCUAACCCCUGCAUGAAAACCCACGCGUUAAAACCUUUAGUCUGAAUAUUGUUUCAAAACUUUUUAGCCAUUUUUAAUCCUAGUGCAACAAGUCGUGUAACGACAUAUCUAUGUUUGUUAAUGAUUUAGUUUCAUGGUUUAUUUGUACAAAUGUAUAUCGACAUUUUAUAACAUUUUAGAUUAAAAACAGUUUUACCUCUAAUGUAAAGCCUCUGGCGACAUGUAAAAGCACAAAUGCUACAUUUUAAAGUCGCCCUUUAGAUGACUGUGUGGUGUUUGAUCGCUGAUGUUUUCCUUUUUCUACAUAUGUAAAUGCAUAUAAUGCUGCAGAUGUCCCAAACUUAAACGUUGCAUCAUUCGGACUGCCAGCAUCCCACAGAAAGAAAUAAACAUUCAGGAUUACUGAGG